AUGAGAGGAGUGGAGUGCGGCGGCUGCGGGGCUCCGGGAGCUCCGGGGGUUAGAGGGGGGCGGCGGCGGGGGAGGGGCCGGGGGGAGGGGGCCGCGGCAGACGCGAUGACAUCACACAGUUGCAGUGCGCUGCGACAGCCAACUCUUGCGCAAUCGCACGCCCUUGAUCUUGACUGCGUCGCGCCCGCACGCGUGAGCACACAUUUAAAUACAUUCGCUAUAUUUAUCUUCCCGCAUGGAGCGGCGGGAGCUAGCUCAGACAUGGGAAGUGAGCACUAUUGCCUGAGGUGGAACAAUCAUCAGAGCAACUUGCUCGGCGUUUUCAGCCAACUGUUGCACGACGAGAGCUUGGUGGACGUCACGCUCGCGUGUUCCGAAGGCGCCUCUAUAAGGGCUCAUAAGGUUGUUUUAUCAGCGUGCUCAUCGUACUUCCGUUCGCUGUUCGUGGACCAUCCCUCACGCCAUCCCAUAGUGAUCCUCAAAGACGUGGGUUUGGAGGAGCUCAGAACACUUGUCGACUUCAUGUACAAGGGUGAGGUCAACGUCCAAUACUGCCAACUACCUGCGCUCCUGAAAACUGCUGAGAGCCUGCAGGUCAAAGGAUUAGCUGAAAUGACGACGCUAAGUGCAGCGGGUAUUGAUACAAGAAACGUUCCAGAACCAAUGGAUGAAUGUCAACAGAGAGAUACAAGGGAAUGCGCUGAGUCGCAUGAGACGUUAGACGAUCAGGAAGAACGAAGAGAGGCAAAGGAAUUCCGUGAGCUGCGUGAAAGGGAGUCCAAAGACAACAGAGAAAGCCACAGAGAAAUCCGCGAUUCGAGAGAGUUGCGAGAGCACAGAGAAAGGGAACGAGACAGAGAUUCUCGAGAGUUGAUUCGGGAAAUUAGGGACCCCCGGGACCCUUGUAGGGAUCAUAGAGAAUUGCGCGAAGUAAAAGAUAGCAGAGAUCCCCGUGAUUUACGAGAUAAUAGGGAUCCCAGAGAGCUCAGAGAUUCUCUCGAUCCCCGAGAGGCAACAGAAGCCUCUCCUCCCAGAAUAUCCCCAUUAUUAUCUGUACGACGAUUUAGGCCUGAUAUUUCAAUUGAUACACCAACUUUGGCGCAUCCACCGAUACCUAAAGACGAACCUCCUGACGAACCCAUACGUCCAACGUCGCCAGAAGACGACACGGUAUCAAUAAGAUCAAAUGGAGCAAGUGAGAAUAUGGGUAUAAAUAUGACCAUAAACAGUCAUGGCAUAGGACCAAGAUACUCUCCAGUUGAACAAAGGCUGAGUGUUUUGAACACCUUGCCACAUCCUGGAUUGACUCAUCCAUCGCACAGCUCAUUAUCCAGUCCAAGAAAUGAACCUAUAGCUGGCCCAUCUGGCUUACCGCCAGUGCAACAAGUUCCUUUGUCACUAAAGAAAGAAGCGGAUUGGGACAGAGGUAAUGAUGAAAAAGUUGGCGAGACAGAUUACCGUAUGCCACAUGAAUCGGAGUACGAAGGGUCCGGUAGGGGGAGAAUUGAGGAGGGGGAAAGGGCAUAUCCUUGCAUACAUUGUGGAGCAGCAUUCCCACACCAGAGCAAACUAACGAGGCACAUACUGACCACGCAUACCCUCGACACUCUAAAGUAUCGGGACGCCAUAUUGGGCAGGCCGUUAGGUUUGCCCAUGAUAGGACAAUUCAGUGAACCGACUUACAUGAUGCCCACGGAAGAAUCGCCUCUAGAUCUGGAUAUCGGCCCAGUUGAGCCGGGCAAUGUAGUGUUGUGCAAAUUCUGCGGCAAGAGUUUCCCUGAUGUAUCAUCGUUAAUAGCCCACUUACCGGUUCAUACGGGCGAUCGACCUUUCAAAUGUGAAUUUUGUGGCAAGGCGUUUAAACUUCGACAUCAUAUGAAAGACCAUUGUAGAGUCCACACAGGCGAAAGACCAUUUCGUUGUGUUUUAUGUGGUAAGACGUUCUCAAGAUCAACGAUACUGAAAGCCCACGAGAAAACUCAUUAUCCCAAGUACGCGAGGAAAUUCCUCUCGCCGAGUCCAGUCGACACCGAGGAAGAGAGUCCACAUCAAUGA